AUGACUACUCUACUCUCCGUCUCUCAGCUGAUGCUGUUCGGACUGAGCCACCAGAUGGUGGUGACCUUUAAAGACGAGAACACGGACGCGUUCAAGCAUCUCUUCCUGGAGGGUUACACGGGCCGCGCUCCUCAGGACGUGCACACGCAGGAGGAAGUCUACAGCCGCGUCCACUUCGCCGUCCAGCAGUACCUGGCUCUGCCCCGGAUCUCCGUGGGCCGCUAUGCGUACGUGUCGGGCGUCGGGGUGAACGGCAGCGCCCUCUCCCUCUGCCAGAGUUGCUAUAGCAACGGCACCAUCGACCCCGUCAACGACACCUUCCACAUCGACCCCCGCGUCGUCACCGGUACGAGUGUGUCAUCGUAUGACGUGUUUCUGGUGAGUGAUGAGGUCACUGUUGUUGUGAUGCAGAGUUUGUCGUCCUAUGACAUGUGUGGGAUCCUGCUGGGAACCUCCACGCUGCUGGUCUGGGUCGGAGUCAUCCGCUACCUCAGCUUCUUCCAGAAAUACAAUGUAUGUUUUUAUAUCAGCUCUGGUUCCUGUGUCUAUCAGAUCGUCAUGGAUAACAGCGUGCACAGCGGCAAAGUUAAGAUCCGUCUGCAGAACGAGGCCUCCAUACAUGAGUGUAGAGACCCCAACCUGUCUGGACACGCGGAGAACUACGCUCGGGGUAUCCUGGACGUGCUGGUGGCGUCCGUCUGCCUGCUGUCGCUGCUGCUGUGUGGGCGCUCCAUCUUCAGAGGCGUCCUCCUGCAACACGCGUACGUGGGGUUCCUGAGGCGACGCCUCGGCCGCGCCGUGAGCUGGAGCGACAGGAUGGAGUUCAUCAACGGCUGGUACAUCCUGCUCAUCGUCAGCGACAUGUUCACCAUCAUCGGCAGCGUCAUCAAGAUCGGGAUCGAGUCCAAGUGUGUGUGUGUGCCUGUCUGUCUCCAGUUCCGGACCCUGUCCAUGGUGUCAGAGUGCCUGUUUUCUCUGAUCAACGGGGACGACAUGUUUGUGACGUUCGCUGAGAUGCAGCGCAGCGGCACGCUGGUCUGGGUCUUCAGCCAGGUCUACCUGUACACCUUCAUCUCCCUCUUCAUCUACAUGGUGUCGUCCCUCUUCAUCGCCCUCAUCACCGGAGCCUACGACACCAUCACGGCUCGGACUCAGGAGCAAGCCCGCGUCACCGACCUGCACGCGUUCAUCGCGGCGUGCACGGACACGCCGAGCUCCGGCAAGUUCCGAGGGCCCGAGGGACCGUCGUCGUGCUCCUUCCUCUGCUGCGACUGGUAAAGAGGACCCACAAUGCAAUGGGAG